AUGUCCGUGUCAGAUCAGGGGAAAAAAUGGGCCUACGUGGUCCUUGCUGCCUGGAUCUCAGUGAAACAGACCUGCUCCAAGUCUGCUGCCCAGUUGGAGCUGAGUUUGCAUGGGAUGGGAGGGCUGGUGCUCUUGGGAUACAGGGAGGCUACGGAGCCAAGCCCGCCAAAACCGGAGGAGCUGGGGGUGGUCAUUAUCCAGGGGGGGCUCAGCAGCUUGGAGGUGGGGGAUACAGAGGCCCAGGAGGGGCCGGGGGUAGAGGAGGAUAUGGUAACGGAGGCCAGGGAGGCUAUGGUGCUGGUCUGGGAGCAGGAAAUGGCCAAGGAAUGGGGACGGGAGCCGGGUUGGGCUCACAGGGUGGGAAACCACGUGGAGGUGGAGGAUACGGUGGUAAUGGCUAUGGCACACAGCCAGGUUACGGGGCUGGAGCUGGAGCCAGAGGCUAUCCACGACCAGGUGCUGGAGCUGGGUAUCCCAAUGGACAGGGAUCUAAGGGACCAAAACCGGGGUAUGCUGCAGGAGCUGGAGGAGUUCCCACUGGACAGGGUGCUAAACCAUCCAAACAGGGAUAUGGUGCAGGAGCUGGAGUGCCCAAUGGACAGGGUGCUAAGCCCAAUGGCUACGGUGCUGGAGCAGGCAGCUACCCUGGGGCAGGAAACAACGGCUAUGGAGCAGGUGCCAGUCUGGGACAGGGAGGAUACCCCCAGGGUGGAGCAGGUGGAUACCCCCAGGGUGGAGCAGGAAAACAAGGCAAAGCUGGCGGUGGUGCUAAUCUGGGACAGGGAGGAUACCCCCAGGGUGGAGCAGGAGGAUACCCCCAGGGUGCAGCAGGAGGAUACCCCCAGGGUGGAGCAGGAGGAUACCCCCAGGGUGGAGCAGGUGGAUACCCCCAGGGUGCAGCAGGAGGAUACCCCCAGGGUGGAGCAGGAGGAUACCCCCAGGGUGGAGCAGGUGGAUACCCCCAGGGUGGAGCAGGAGGAUACCCCCAGGGUGGAGCAGGAGGAUACCCCCAGGGUGGAGCAGGUGGAUACCCCCAGGGUGGAGCAGGAGGAUACCCCCAGGGUGGAGCAGGUGGAUACCCCCAGGGUGGAGCAGGAAAACAAGGCAAAGCUGGCGGUGGUGCUAAUCUGGGACAGGGAGGAUAUCCCCAGGGUGGAGCAGGAGGAUACCCCCAGGGUGGAGCAGGCAAAUCAGCAGGUUAUGGUGAUCAAAUGGGAGGAGCAUACCCCGGGGCUGGAGCGGGCAACGGCUAUGGGAAUGGUGGAGGCCCAGCUGGUGGGGCCAAUGCAGUGCCUGCAGGCUAUGGCAAUGGCUACGGUGCUAGUACUGGAGGCAAUGGUUAUGGACCCGGUCUUGGCGCAGGAGGAUAUCCACAGGGACAGGAGAAAUAUGGGGGAGGAGUCAGUCAGCUUCCUUACAAUGGAGCCCCAGUCAAUACUGCUGGACUGGAUGGUGAUGGAAGCUUCCCUUAUGGUGCUCAGCAACUGGGCCUUGGUGGUGGUGAUGGAGGCAAAUCCUCUGGCAAAUAUGGAAACGGAGGGGGCUUUGGAGCACAGCCAGCAGGCUAUGGUCAAGGACAGCUGGGUGCAGGUCAGAGUGCCCCCUACAGUAACGGAGCAGGAGGGAAGGAAAGCAAAUAUGGUGGUGGUGGACUGACUGGAUUCUUUGGAAAUGGAGGGUACAAAGGUUAAGUCAAUCAGCUGAGGCCUUCUUGAAGUGAAUAUUUGUUCCGUUCCAUCAUGUGUUCAUUGUGAUGUUUGUUGUUUGGUCUGUUGUUACAUUUAACUAUUCCAUUUUUGUUUUGUAUUUGUGUUUUUUGUUUAUGGUUCUUGUCUUUUGUGUUGUUGUGUGUCUGUCCCCUCUCUUCCUCUACUGGUUUUGGAGAUUGUGUUGCCAGUGUGUUUGUGUUCAUAUCCAUUUCACACUAAAGGGCAGAAAGCAACCGUAUAAUGUCUGUCAGUCUCCUCAUUCUUUUAACCUUGGCACCAGUAUUGUAAAUGUACUGUACAUGUGAUGUGGGGGUUGAGUUUUAAGACUGAAACUCUAUGAGUUUAAAUCAACACCAAAUAAAAUAAAAUUCAAAGACCUGUUCCCAAAACCUGA